AUGACAUUUGUGAUCCUGAAGAGCCGAGUGAUUUUGGAACGAGAGCCACACGACAUAUUGAGUGUUAUAAGUUAUAUUGGUGAAGCACAAAAAGUUGGUACAGGAUCCGAGCUGUUAAUGGCUCUAGUUACUUUACCCAUGAAUAAAGAGCCUCAACCUAUGAUCCCGAAGAAUACUUGUUGGUUUAUUCUCUCUGUGUUGUUUUUCCUAUGUUUCUCUAUAAACAUCCAUCAUUCUCAAGGAGCUGACAGCGUUACAGCAAAUCAGCCUCUCUCUGGAAGCCAGACAAUUGUCUCAUCUGGUAACAUCUUUGAACUAGGAUUCUUCACACGAGGUACUUCUUCCAGUUAUUAUAUUGGAAUUUGGUACAAAAAUGUUACUCCAAUGACCAUAGUUUGGGUAGGAAAUAGGGAGACACCCAUUUCAGACAUGAAUUCUGUAGAAUUUAAGAUUUUAGAUGGGAAUUUGAUGCUUAUGGACGAGUCCCAGAUUUCAAUUUGGUCCACAAAUGUAAAUUUGACAACCUCAAAUUCUUUAGUGGCAACUCUAGAUACGUUGUUGCCUGGUAGCAGCCUUGCCUAUGAUAAACGUACAAGAACAAAGAAAGUUCUCACUUCUUGGAAAAACUCUGAGGAUCCUGCACCAGGGCUUUUCUCUUUUGAAUUAGAUCCAAAUGGGAGUCAGGUUAUUAUAAGAUGGAAUAGGGCUGAAUGGUACUGGACUAGUGGAGCAUGGAAUGGGCUCUUUUUCAGUUUAAUCCCUGAGAUGAGGCUGAACAAUAUGUAUAAUCAUAGUUAUGUUGACAACGUUAAUGAGAGUUACUACACAUAUUCUUUUUAUAAUCUUUCCAUUAGAUCUCGAUACGUGAUGGAUGUUUCCGAGCAAAUUAAGCUGACAUCAUGGAAUACGAAGGAGUGGGAUUUUUAUUGGUUUCAACCUAGGCAGCAAUGUGAUGUGUAUGCUUAUUGUGGGGCAUUUGGUAGCUGCAAUCAGAAUUCACUAAACUUCUGUAAUUGUUUACCCGGAUUUAAGCAAGGUCGAAGAUUGAUUGGAAUUUGAAGGAUUAUUCGGAUGGAUGUGUGAGAAAGAUCCUUUUGAACUGUUCAAAUGUGGAG